AUGGCAGGAUCCGUCUCCGACUUCUCGCUUCCAAACAGCUCAUUCUUCAAUAUCUACAAUGAUGGACGACCCGUAACUAGGAGCUCGCCCGCCCCUUCUCUCCCGGGUGGGCAAUGCAACUUCGUGGAUCUCGCCCACGGCGCCAAUGGUCCCAAGUGUGGUUGUCGCCGCUUCUGGAGUCGCGCCGCGUUAGGAUUCCAUGGAAACCCAUCUGGCCCUUCAGGAUAUUCCAAUGGAAGCCCAACGGACCAGGCCGCCUUUUGCAUGUGCUCCCAUCAUGCAUGCUACCAUGAUGACGUUCACAAUACCCCAGGUCCCAUCGCCGCACCCGCGCCCGUGGUCAUCAAUCCUGGCCAGGAGAAUGAACGGCCAAGGUCUAACCGGGAACCUCUUACUCCCGUGAUGCCAGGUCUCUCUUUUCAGAUGCCCGCGCCGUCGGACCCGCCCCAGGAUUUUCAUACGUUCAAUAACACAUCAUUGCCCACGGACUUGAACCAAGAUGGACUUAUACCCGCAGGAGAGAAGCCAGGCCCACCGCCGGAGGCAUCAAUACCGGAUACUCUGAGUUGGGGAAACCUCAUCCAAUCUCAACCUGGCCAUCGGACGGACGUAUUACCUCCCAUCCCAAGUCAAUGUUUGCUUCCGCCAUCGCAGCCAAGUUCCACUACAUCUUCCGCUCGCAUAGCAUACCUGAAACCCUUUGGUGGGACGGGGCUCAACACGCUGAGGGAUGCCAGGUCUAAACUUCGCGACGCUCUGCCGGUGGAACCUGACGAUGGCCAGGACCAAAAUGAUGAGAUGGUCGAUCAUAGUGUGGACCCUUCCGUGGAUGACUUACAGACUGUCACAAAUACGCCCAGAUCUACUCGGCGUACUGAUGUCACGGACAAGUAUAGCCAAGGCGGAAGCUUGGGACCCAACCGGCAAGACUUCCAAGAGCUGUCCAACACAGUUCAAAGCCAUGAACACCGGCUUGACAGAUUAGAGACUGUCUCGUUUGAUCACGACCAUGAGGAUUGUCACGAUCAGCAUGAUCGCACUGACCUGCGCGUUACUGAGCUUGAGGUCCGUGUCGAGGAGCUGGAGAAGACACUCAGUGAUGGAAGCAGCGUUGCAACAAGCCAACAUCGCUCACGACGCCCCGGCGUUGAUGAGUCGACAGCCAGUAUUGCAUCGAUAUCCACCAGUGCCAGUGGUCGUGCAGACCGCGCGGAGAUGCAAAGCGAACUGCUAUCUCUCAAGGCUCAGUUAAGCUAUCUCCAAGCUUCGUCUUUCCCGUGUUAUGCCCAUCCCUGGGAGGUUGAAGUUGUCUUCUUCCCUUUCCCAUUGAAGGGUGUCUGGUACGAGUCCCGUGAGUUCCCUAGCCAACGGCAAUCAGGGGGCACCAACGUGGACACCGAUCAGUGGACGCAGCUGCCCAAUAGCUCAUCUACCACCACAGAGCCACAAUCGCCUGGCUUUUCUGAGUGGGCUGGCCCAGAGCUCGAAUCGGAGUGGCUUCUACCCCGAGCAUGCCCUCCAGGCAAGACCAUUGAUCAGCGCUUAAGAAGCCGCGGCUUGGUCAAGACCGUGACUGUGCGCGGCCCAGAUGCCCGUAGCGUCCAGCAGGCAAUAUCUGCUGCCUUUGGGACUGUAUUUCGCACUUUUUCCCGCAUGCAAGCGAACGUCUAUCAUGGGUCCACAACUCAUCACCGCGUAUCCAAAUUCUUUGGUUUACAACAACCUUGGGUUCCCUUGCGCAAAAUCCACAAGGACUCACGACUUCGCUUCCUCACCCCGGCCGAGAUGGUAACACCCGCCAGCUGGGAUGUUCCGUUUCUGAGCAACAGCGUCGUCAUGAAAGCUACCGGCGCUCAUCGACUUUUCAUUACACAGCCCGAGGCUUACCUUCAAGACCAGGAUGCGUACGACAAUGGUUGGAGCUGGCAGCGGCUUCGGGAAUUGAGUCGAGUGUACCCGGACUCGCAGAGCAGCCAACAAGAUGUCCCGGAGGCCGACGCUAUGGAGGAUUACUGGACUUGGAAUGACAGUCUAGAUGAGCAGACCCCGAGCCAAAACAGUGCUUUGUCACUCAGCCUGCGCCAGGCAGCACAGCCCAGGCUGAGAUCUAUCACGCCCAGCCAGGCCCAAGUCUUUGCUAGUCGCAGCGGCCUUUCUGCGUCCUUGACCACCAGUCGCAGUCGCGCAGCAUCCCCAAUGAUCUUGAAGGAGCGCAAAUCCUCGAUCCCACGGCCGAUUUACGUUCGUACAACAUCUAUGCCUCCGGUCCUUCCUCCUAUGGCUUCGCCAUCCCAGGCCAAGCGCCGCAUUGCCACCGCUACCUUUGGCAACAUUCGUCCGUUUCCUUACGAACGUCGAUCUUCGCCACAGGUUCUGCGUGCCAGCACAGGAUCCGCCCGUGUUCUGAUGAAGGAGAGCCGGAGACGAGCCACUCGAUCACCUUCGGCCCCUCUUUCUGCCAGACUCAGAAAUACACCGCGAUGGAGUACCCAUAGUGCCAGCCCGAUGCCAGAACCUUUCGCCAUUAUCGGGCCUCCGAGCGACGCCGAGGCUGCUUGCCGACAGACGACACCCUUCUACUACGCUACGCCUUACAGCAACGCUCCAUUCGUCGAGCCGAGGCCCAGCCGUGGCGUCAUUGAUCCUGAUGAUGAUCAUGGAAGUGGGACAGACUACUCGUACAAGGAAAGCGUGGAUGACUCAGAAGACGAGGACUACGAUGCCCCUAUGCUAGAUCUUGGACAUCCCCGACCCAUCUAUGAGUCGGGUGAAGAGGACUGCCAGGCAGCACAGCACCCCCUCCCCGAGGAUGAAAUUUGGCCAGGCAUCGAAGAUGAGGAAAACAGAAACCCCGAAGACCUCGCGCUUGACAGUGUCGGCAUCUACGUCGACGAUGAUGCCAUGAGCGAUAUUCUUGACGCGGAUGGCAGCAACCAUCUGCUCGAGGGAGAUAGUCAGAACAGUAGUGCGCCUUCUGAAUAUCCUAUCACGCAAAGUGCAUGGGUUGACGACCCUAAGGAGUUCAAGGUUUAUGAAGAUGCCGGCGGCAUGAAACACUGA